GCUGAAGGAACCGGAAAUUCCUCCAUUCCCUGUUGUACUCGGGGAUCCUCCUGGUCCAAACCUGGGGAUCCUCCUGGUCCAAACCUGAUAAGAAAUUGAGGCAGGGUCCGAGGGAAACAGAAAAUCCGGAGCCGCAGUGUCCGCGCGGGGCGGGCGGCCUGGGAAAGUCAGCAUCAGCAGCAGCGCAGUGGCGGGAACCGCAGCCCGGCGGCCCUGGAACCUCCCAGAUGUAAAAUUUCAACAAGAGCUCAAGUUUUCUCCUAAGCCACUCAGAGAAGAGCCAGAAGAACAAUGGAUGCUUCUGUGGUAAAUGCUCCCCAGGGUCUGUUAUCACUCAGGGAUGUGUCUGUAGACUUCUCACAGGAAGAAUGGGAAUGUCUAGACUUUGAACAGAGGGCUUUGUACAUGGAUGUGAUGUUGGAGAAUUACAACAAUCUGCUUUUUGUGGAGUUCCAUCACCUAUGUGGCAAAUGGGAGACAGUCUUGCACCAAGGCACAAAACAUUUUAUCCAUGACCAUGAAAAUAUUCAAGAGAAGUCUUAUACGUGUAAUGAGUCUGGCAAAAUGAUUCCUGAUUCCUACCAAUGUACACCUUGUGACACAAUGGAUAAUGCCAAAAAAGUCAACAACUACAGAUUUGAUAACCACAGAGAUGCCUCUAAUGAAUCCUUAAACCUCAACAGACACAACAUUGGGAAUGCUAGGGAUGAAACUUGCACAUAUCAAGAUUGUGUAAAGUUUUUGUAUUUGUGUUCCAUCUUUAGCCAAAAUCAAAGAACUCACAUAGGAAAGGAUGACUACAAAAAUGCAGAGUAUGAUGCAUCUUUUGAGUCCAAUACAGAAAUCAAGCUUAAAGAAACUGAUUGCGGAGAGCAUCCACAGCAAUGUAUGCAAUGUGAAUUCUUCAAGACUCACUCAAACCUUAUUAGGCAUCAUGGUUGUAGUAAAUCAUUUCUGAAUUUUUCACAACUCAGUACAUAUUAUAAAAUCCAUUGUAGAGAAACUCCUGACAAAUGUACAGAGUGUGUCCAGUUCUUUAAUUAUUUAUCAAAGUUCGAAAGAAAUUUCAACAUCCACACUGGAGAGAAACCUUACAAAUGUAGUGAAUGUGACCAGUCUUUCACUGAGAAAUGUAAUCUUACAACUCAUCAGAGAAUCCACAAAAGAGAGAAAUCUUACAAAUGUAGUGAAUGUGACAAAUCAUUUUCCAUGAAAUGCCAUCUUACAAAUCAUCAGAGGUUCCACACUAGAGAGAAGUCUUACAAAUGUAGUGAAUGUGGCAAAUCCUUUUCCAAUAAAUGGAGUCUUACAACUCAUCUGAGAAUCCACACAGGAGAGAAACCUUACAAAUGUAGUAUAUGUGAUAAAUCCUUUUUGAAGAAAUACUAUCUUACAACUCAUCAGAGAUUCCAUGCAGGAUAUAAACCUCACAAAUGUAGUGAAUGUGACAAAUCCUUUUCCAAAAAAUGGUAUCUUACAACUCAUCUGAGAAUCCACACGGGAGAGAAACCUUACAAAUGUAGUGAAUGUGACAAAUCCUUUAACACAAAAUACUAUCUUAGAACUCAUCAGAGAAUCCACACAGGAGAUAAUCCUUACAAAUGUACUGAAUGUGACAAAUGCUUUAACACAAAAGAACGUCUUCAAAUUCAUCAGAGAAUUCACACAGGAGAGCAACCUUACAAAUGCAGUGAAUGCGACAAAUCCUUAACCACAAAACGAAGUCUUAUACUUCAUCAGAGAAUUCACACAGGAGAGAAACCUUACAAUUGUAGUGAAUGUGGCAAAUCCUUUUACAGAAGAGACCAACUUAGAUAUCAUCACAGAAUCCACACAGGAGAGAGACCUUACAAAUGUAGUGAAUGUGACAAAUCCUUUAUCACAAACUACCAUCUUAUAAAUCAUCAAAGAUUCCACACUGGAGAGAAGCCAUACAAAUGCCCUGAAUGUGACAAAUCUUUCACUGAGAAAUAUAAUCUUACAAUUCAUCAGAGAGUCCACACAGGAGAGAAUCCCUACAAAUGUUGUGAAUGUGGGAAAUCCUUUUCCAAUAAAUGGUAUCUUACAAGUCAUCUGAGAAUCCACACGGGAGAGAAACCUUACAAAUGUACUAAAUGUGACAAAUCCUUUUUUAAGAAAUACGAUCUUACAGCUCAUCUGAGAAUCCACACAGGAGAGAAACCUUACAAAUGUAGUGAAUGUGACAAAUCCUUUUUCAGGAAACACAAUCUUACAGCUCAUCAGAGAAUCCACACAGGAGAUAAUCCUUACAAAUGUAGUGAAUGUGACAAAUCCUUUUCCAAGAAAUGCUAUCUUACAAGUCAUCUGAGAAUCCACACAGGAGAGAAACCUUACAAAUGUAGUGAAUGUGACAAAUCAUUUAUCACAAAAGAUUAUCUUAAAGCUCAUCAGAGAAUCCACACAGGAGAUAAACGUUACAAAUGUAGUGAAUGUGACAAAUCCUUUUCCAAGAAAUGUUACCUUACAACUCAUCUGAGAAUCCACACCGGAGAGAACCUUACAAAUAUAGUGAAUGCGACAAAUCCUUAACCACAAAACAAAGUCUUGUAACUAAUCAGUGAAUUCAUACAGGAGAGAAACCUUACAAUUGAAGUAAAUGUGCCAAAUCCUUUACCAAAAGAGACCGUGUUAGAACUCAUCAGAGAAUCCACACAUUAGAGAAACCAUACAAAUGUAGUGUAUGUGACAAAUCCUUUUCCAAGAAAGAGAAACUAAAAUGUCAUCUGAGAAUCCACACAGGAGAGAAACCUUACAAUUGAAGUGAAUGUGCCAAAUCCUUUAACAGAAGAGAACAACUUAGAACUCAUCACAGAAUCCACACAGGAGAGAAACCUUACAAAUGUAGUGAGUGUAACAAAUCAUUUUGCAGAAAAGGCUGUCUUAGACUCACCGCAGAAUACAUAGAAACACCUUAGAAAUGUAGCAAAUUUGAGAAAUCCUUUAAUGUUGUUUCCAAUUCUUAUUAUAUGUUCUGGAAUGUUUCAACACCGUGGGAAACCCAAGUUUUAAGAAUAUCAACCACCAGAAAAGUCAAUCUGAGAAACAUUUUGUGUAAAAAUAAUCUUGAUUACACAUCCAAGUAUUCACACAGGAGUGAAAACUUAAAAAUGCAAUAUACAUGCAAAAGACUUUACCAGCCUCUCAGGUCUAAGAAAGUUUGUGAAAAUUCAUAAAGGAGAUAAAAGUUUUAACGGGGAAAAAAUUUGCAUGUGCUUCAUUUAAACUCUGUCCUUUGCUACACCUGAGACUCCACACUACGGAAUCAUGAACAUGACAAAUUUGUGAAAGAAUUUUAAGUUAUUUUCAAAUCUUAGAAAUCAUCGAUAGUUUUGCCAAUUUUGAUUAAAACUUUAUUUGUUCAACCUCAAGUAGUUGUUAAUGAAGAUGAAACACAGAAUCCUGAAGUAUGAGCUGUUGUGUAAGUGUCCUGGAGACUAGAAUGAUCCAUUCUUAAAGAAAGCUGAUUAGGGCAGGACCCACAGCACUCAAAACUGCUUCACGAAAUCUCCAGCACUGACAGGAUUCAAUGUGUUUAACUCAAAUGAAGAAGCUGAGAGAAGUCAUAACACUUAGAAGAAUAAUUUAAGCAUUAAGAAAGUAUAUUUUUAGCUUGUACAUAUGCAGGUAUGCAGUGUGUUCCAGGUGUUCAUUUUUCAUAAGCUGUUUCAUAGCUGGUUUUGAUUUCCAUGACAGCAACUGUGUCUGAGUCCCUUAUGCUCUGAUAAGCAUCUGCUUCCCCAUACUGCAGUACUCAAUUCUAAUAAAACUCUUUAGUUCAACGA